UUAUUGAAGUUGCGGUGUCUUUAAUUGUGACUGGGGAUGUUGAGGGUUUUUGUGCUGCCCUGAGUCUGAGGAUCGGAUUCGAGUGAGUCGACGAUAAGUCACGACUCAGCGUUGCCGCUGUCUGCCUCUUUAAAAUCUGCGCCAUAGCAUUUACUCAUCCCUGCCCUUCCUUUCCUUAAAAUUCAUUUUAGCUGUUCAAAAUGAACGACUCUUUUUAAUACUCCCUUCCUCCAUUAUAAGUACCCCCUUCAAGGCAUUCACGCCCUCUCCACCCCCCCCAACCAAAAAAAAAUAAAAAAUCAUAAUCUCAUCUCGCCACGCUUUUCACUUUUCAGACCCCUCUCCGUACAAUUUGUUCCUUCCAUGUGACAUGCACGUGAUCUUCCUCCUCCUCCUCCACUUGAACACAUCAUUUCUCUUCUGUUCCUUCGUAUCAAGUCUCUGAUGGCUUCGCCGCCGCCGCCUUUGUUUUAUGGCGUUGUGGGAGGAGGGGCUGUUAACUUCGACGAAAAUUAUAACACUAGUGACCGCUCGCAUUCUUCCUCGUCGAUCGACAAUGUGAAGCCGAGUAUUAUUGUCAUAAUUUUGAUCCUUUCUAUAACUGUGCUUCUCUCCGUCUCUCUUUAUCUCCUCCUUCGCCACCUCAAUCGCCGAUGCUUGAGUCGUGUCUUUCGUUCUUCUGCCUCCAAUAUCACCGCCUCCGCCAGCCACCGUGUCACUCCUGAACAAUCGCCGGCGCCUUCGUUCCUAGAUUCUCUCCCUAUGUUUACCUUCUCUUCCAUUACUCGCCGCUCCAACAACGGCUCAACGGUUUCCGGAGAUUGUGCCGUUUGCUUGUCGAAGUUUGAACCGUUGGAUCAACUUCGGCUGCUUCCUCUCUGUUGCCACGCGUUCCACGCUCAAUGCAUUGAUGCUUGGCUCACUACAAACCAGACUUGUCCUCUUUGUCGCUCGUCUCUAUUCGCCUCCGAGUCCGAUCUUAUGAAGGUUUUACUUCAGUCGUCCAACGCAGCCUGUGCAAUUACAAGUGGCGGUACCGAUAGUUUCCGGCUCGAGAUCGGCUCUAUCAGUCAGCGGCAAACAGGCUCUGACUCCGGUGAUCAGAGACGGUCUUAUUCCAUUGGAUCCUUCGAUUACAUUGUCGAGGAAGAAUCGCAGCUGAAUAGGAACCAAAUACACCAGAGAAAUAUGUCCGAUAAAGAAGAGGUUGGAAGAGCUGAGGCAAUAUCUGAAGCGAGCCUCGCCGCGGAGGUUGCUAACGGAAGAAGUCGGCUUAAGGAGUACGUGGACAGGCUCUCUUUUUCGUUAUCAUCUCGUGCCAUGUCAUUUCGUAGCUCAGGAAGGUUAGUCACCGGGAGCAGCGGCCGAAGCGACAUAUCCGGUGCCGAUGGAGAUUACGACUUGGAAGCCAAUCGUAUCGGCGAGGAGAUCAGCGAAAUGUUUCGCUGGUUCUCGGGGGUAUAAAAGAUCAAACGACAGAGAGAAUUGAGAAAUGGAGUGGACAUUGCAAAACAUUUUAGAGCAGUGCAGCAUGCAGCCAGGUGAAGCUGUUUUUUUUACCAUUUUAUCCGCUUUAAAAAUGCCUUUUUUAACAAUUGACAUUGGAAAACUGGAGGGAUUAAAUAUUGGAGUAUAAUUAAAUUUUUACAGGGGGUCAUUUUUAUGUUAUAACUACUUAUAGUCAUGAUAAAAUUUGUUUACACCGAAA